CUUUUUUCAAAAAAAUAUUUUUUUUUUCAUUUUCGUUAAGUGUAAUAUCUUAAAAAUAUUCUCUAACAAUUUCACGUUGAUCCGAUAAUUAGUUUUUGAGUUAUUCGACAAAUAACAAAGAGAGCUCGGGCACUUCAAAGCAAAAAGGCAAGCUUUAAACACGUUUUUCUCAAAACUAUGUUUUUUUGAACUGGUGUCAACUGUAACUCGAAAACCGCUCAGCAGCUUUUAGAAUACAUAAUAAACUCGGGCCUGAUCUCGAGGAUUUUUUUUUAAAUUUCGAUUUUUUAAAACCAACUGUUGAUUUUUUUCCAAAAAUUUAGAAAAAAUUGUAAGAGGCCGCCAUUUUGUUAAUUUUUGAAAAAGUAAAAAUAAAAUCAUUCGAUCAGGCCCAGGAUUAUCUAUUUAUAAAACUUAUUUUUUUUUUUCCGAUUGACUAUAGCUGACUCCAAAGACUUAUGGUUGUCACCGCAAGUAUCUUUCUUUGGAACUGGGUCAACACAAACAACUAUAACUUUCAAAAUAUUUUUUUUUAAUUUCGUGACUUCAAGUCAAUACAUUCUAUAAUAAUGCCAUAUUACUACUUUUGUAAAAUAACAUGAUUUAAUAGCAAAAAAAUAUCGAAAAUUCUCAUUUUUUCGUGCCUCUGACUACCCCUAACCUCUUGAUGUGGAAACCCACUUUGCCAUUGGAAGAUUUCGAAAAAGGCCCAAAAAUAAUACUGCUCGACGUUCGGAGCACUCGGAGUGCACACCUCAAACUUUGACACACUUUUUUAAACUGGCGGAUAUGAUUCCGGUCGAACUACUAACCGAUUUGCUUAUUUUUUUUUAUUGUUCACAAAACGCCUGGCUGUCGUCCCUAUAUUUUUUUAUAAUUUAUUGACAAUGUUAUGACAAAAUUUAUGUAAAAAACCGUGGGGAAAAAUUAAAAAAAAAACUUUAAUUACUUUUUUAUUUAUCAACAUUUUUUUUUCAUGAUUCUAGUAGAGACGAUAACCAUUACGUACGUUUUAAGAAUAAAUUGGGUUUUUGUGUUUCAGAUGAUCCAGACAUGAGAAAUCACGUCUGCCAGUGAAAAAACGCAUCUCAUUCACCCAGCCAUUUCUCCGACAGAUGUCAUCAAAAAAUUCCGAAAAAAUUUUUUUAUACACUCCUAGUUCAAUUGUAGAAUAAAAAUUUCUAUGAAAAAAGUCAAAAAAAAACAGGCCAGAUUACCCUACUGACCCUUUAAAGAGAUUAUAGGAAAUAGUAUUAACAUUGAAAUUAUUCCAUUGUGUUAUAUAUUAAUUUCGGAGUUGCUAAACGCAUUUUACAGACAUUAGUUUCAAUUUUAGAUGAUGUAAGGAUAAGCAAAGUGCUGACCAAGCUUAGGCUCAAACGUGAUACAGAAUAUGUUAUUAUAUGCAUUAUUUUGUUUUUUUAUAUCAAAAAUUAGAAUUUUCAAAUUUUUUUCGAAUUUGAUGUUAAGACUGAACACCAAAUUAAAUCAAUGGAGAUCCCAGAGAUUUUUGUAAUUUACAUCAAAAUUAUAAUGUCGAUGCUUGGUUUUUCCAAUUUUGUUGUUCUUGUUGAAUCGGAUAUAUUAAUUUUUAUAUUUUUAUAUUCGCAAUUAGCUGUUACAUUAUAACUAAGUUAAACUUAGUCAUUUAAUGUAUAGUUUGGGAAAAUCUAUACAUCCAUUUCGAGUAAUACAAAACAAAAAAUAUUUCCUUGGAUUAUUAUUAAAUUAAUUAGAAAAUCUGAUGCCUCAACCUAUGAAACAAACUUUGAGCCAUAUCCAGUUUCUAAAUUGGUAAGGAUUUGUCCCAUGGAUAGCUUAAGUCAUUAACUUUGAUCUGUAAGGAACAUUUAUCAAAAUUUAAUCGAAUCUUUACUAUUUGUUCUAAUAUAUAGUAUUAAUGGUAUUUUGAACACAUGUUUUUAGACGAAUUGGCGAAUUUCACAUUAUAACUGUAAUUGUUGUGCAUGGCAUAAAAAGCUCUCUUAGACGUCUGAGUUUGGAGAACAAGUAUACGCCUAUUGACCAGAGCUAAGUUAGAUAAUGUUAAAGAGUGCUCUCACUGUCUCACGGUAUUGUUUUGUAGCUUUUGCACUCGUAGUUAAACACAUCCAUACAUACGUACGUAUGCAUAAGAGUACAAGCUCCAGCCCGUUUAGUUUAGAAUCGGUAACGAGUAACAAGUUUGCCGCUAAAUGCGCAACGAGUGAACUUUAGGCGAACAGUUGCUCAAGAUUAAUGUGGGCUGGCCGCAAAAUGUAGUAGUGAACAAAACAUGCGAUUACUCUCACAGUUGCUAGACAAUAAUGAAAAGAAAGCAUUAAACUUUCAACGCAAAACUUGUUCUCCAGACGUUACUGAACGAAAAAAAUGGAUGUAAAUAAAAAGUAUAAAGAAGUCUAGCGUGUUAACGUUUAGAACGAACAGUCGAUUGCAGAAAUUGGAAAACACAACAAAACCAAAUAAAUAUGUACAUGCACGAGUUGAAUGGAUGAGUGUCUCGCGAGGCCGGAGAAUCGCGACUACGCGUCCAACAGUUCAGUCAGCUUUAUGAAAGUGUCGCAAAAGGUUCGAGUGCAUUCAUUUUUGAUAAAGUAUUCGAACUUUUCUGCUACAUAUUUAUUACAAGUCGUAUUAGUACCGAAAUAAAUUUAAUGCGGCGAAAAAAUAACUAAAUGUAAAUAACUAACAAGUGUAGCCGAAAACAGCAACUAUUUAUACAUACUAAAUAUAUACUCACAUUGUAUGUAUAUAUGCAUGCGUGAAUUUAUGUUUUUACCUAUUACCCUGUGUUGAAGGAUAUUUGUGUAGAAGCUGGUGAAAAGGUCGAAUAAAGUAGUUUGAAUAUGGAGCGAAUAUUGCGUGGUAUUAUGCGUUAUCGGAAUACGACACGUGAACAGAUGGUAAAGGAAUUCCAAAAAGUUCGUGAUCAUCCUGAGCCUAAGGCAGUUUUCUUCACUUGCAUGGACAGUCGUAUGAUACCAACCCGCUACACAGAUACGCACGUCGGCGAUAUGUUUGUAGUGCGUAACGCAGGAAAUGUGAUACCGCAUGCCCAACACUUUCAGGAUGAAUAUUUCAGCUGCGAGCCGGCUGCACUGGAAUUGGGCUGUGUCAUCAACGAUAUUCGUCAUAUUAUAGUGUGCGGACAUAGCGAUUGUAAGGCAAUGAAUCUAUUAUAUAAACUACAGGAUGAAGAAUACUCAUCACAAUUAAAUAGACGUCUGUCGCCGUUACGAUCUUGGAUGUGGACACACGCUAGCAGCAGUCUUGAUCAUUUCAAAGCUUGGAAAAAAGAAGGCAUGCAAGGUCCUUUGAUAUUCUCUUCUGAAACACCUUUACGUCGCUUUGUGGCUUAUAUUGAUCCGGAAAAUAAAUUUGCCAUAGAAGAUAAAUUGUCGCAGAUCAAUACGUUACAGCAGUUAUCGAAUGUGGCUUCAUAUGGCUUCUUGAAGCCGCGACUUGAAUCACAUGAUCUCCAUAUUCAUGCGUUAUGGUUUGACAUUUACACUGGUGACGUUUAUUAUUUCAGUCGCGGUGCUAAACGUUUCAUUCCGGUCGAUGAGAGCACAGUUGGAAAGUUGACCGAAGAGGUGCGUCGCUAUUACUCAUGACGACCGUAAUAUUAAGAUAAUAUAAUACCCAUAUGCAUGUAGGUAGCGUAAAUACAUAUGUAUAGUAAUCAACAAAUGUAAGUUGACUGUGAUAGGAAUCUGAAUAAGUUGCAUAUAAAUGCAGCACCAAAUACUAGCCAAAUUUUUGAAUUUACAAAUUUUUAAUUUUCUUUACUGUAUCAUAAAUGCGUGUAUGUAUAUGUAAGUGUAAGUGCAUUAUGGAAUUAAUUCCGAAUUGUUCAGAAAUUACCUCUAAAGUACAUAUACAUAUAUUCUUCAAAUAUAUGUUAUUACUAAUUAAAAAUAAAACCAAUAAGUCGUGUAGUUGUAA